CACCCGGCAUAAACCACCAAUGAGGCAGAGAAGAAGGAUGAUGAAAAUGCAGGAAGUAAUUAAUUAGCUAAGGAGAGUCAGUCAAGAAAACUGAUGUACUUUCAAGGCUACGAUGUCCUGCUUUGAGAGUGAUAAGAGCAGCCUGGAGAAUGAUGAAGCGUGUUGUGGUGGGGCGGCCGCGUCACAGCUGUCCAACUGUGCGCUGGCCAUGCUGGAGAAAGAGAGCAGCGACUCUGCGCUGAGCCCCACGGAGAGUACCCCCACCAGCCUACAGGGCGGCGCCCCACUGCAAGGCUACGACGUGGAGUUCGACCCUCCGCUGGAGAGCAAGUACGAGUGCCCCAUCUGCCUCAUGGCCCUGAGGGCAGCCGUGCAGACGCCGUGCGGCCAUCGCUUCUGCCGUAGCUGCAUUGAGAAGUCCAUCCGUGAUACAGGGCAGAGGUGUCCAGUGGAUAACGAGGUACUACGGGAAGACCAGCUGUUUCCAGAUAACUUUGCCAAGCGGGAGAUCCUCUCCCUAACGGUGCGCUGCACCAACGUAGGCUGCACUGACAAAAUGGAGCUUCGCCGCCUGGAUGGCCAUGUUACGAAAUGUGAGUUUGCCACCGUGCCUUGUCCGCUGUGCCAGGACGCGGUGUGGAAGAGCCAGCUGGAGAUGCACCAAAGCCAACACUGCCAGCGGAGACCUGUGUCCUGUCCCGACUGUGUAGAGAGCUUUGUUUACGAGGACAGCAAGAUUCAUGAGUCGCUGUGUCCCUUUGCCAACGUGGUGUGUCAGUACUGCGGUAUGGAGCUCAUCAGAGACCAGUUGGAAUCUCACUAUGACACAGACUGUCCGAAGGCUCCGAUUGCCUGUACCUUCAGCACUUUUGGAUGUCGAGAGAUGAUGCAGCGCAAUGACCUGGCGCAGCACAUGCAGGAGUUCACUCAGAUGCACAUGCGCUGCAUGGCUGAGUACCUGCACAGGCACAGCCUUACCGGGUACACCCAGCCACCUUCUUCUGAGGACCGAGGGGCUGCCGCCGCAGAGCUGGGGGCACACCCAGGAGCUAGCAGCAGUGGCGCCCCCUGCCAGUGCUGCGGGGAACUGCAGACCAUGCGGGAGACCACCCAGCAGCUGGAGGGACGACUAGUACGGCAGGACCACCAGCUACGUGAGCUGAGCAUUCAGGCGGGGCUGGUGGCGGAGCUCCGUCGCAAGGUCACCUCGCUGGAGGAGAACCUAAAGGAGCUGGAGGCCAAGCAGUGCCAGGGUGUGUACGUGUGGCCCUUGGAGGGCUUCUCGGGCUACCUACGUACCCAGGCUGCCGGACAGCCUGUUGUGGUGCAUAGCCCGGGCUUCUACACGGGCCGGCCGGGCUACAAGCUGUGUCUGCGCCUCCACCUCCAAACGCCCUCGGCACAGCGCUGCUCCAACUACAUCUCACUGUUCGUUCACACCAUGCAGGGUGAAUUUGAUGGGCAGCUGUCGUGGCCCUUCCAAGGCACCAUCCGGCUGGCCGUGCUGGACCAGGGGCCUGAGGGCCAGCACCAUGUGGAGGUGAUGGAGACCAAGCCCGACCUGCAGGCAUUCCAGAGGCCCACCAUCCAGAGGAACCCCAAGGGCUUUGGCUACGUCACCUUUCUGCACUUGAUGGAGCUACCACAGCGGGGGUUUGUGCACGACGACACGCUGCUGGUGCGCUGCGAGGUGACGCCGCGCUUCGACACUGCCCUAAGGCGCGAGGGAGCGGCCAUGCAGCCCAGAGGGCCCGAGGCCUCGCUGUGAGGACACUUUUAACGUUCCAAGUGACGAGGUCAAUCGCCACCAACGUUAUCAGUACAAAGUAUCAGUUUGCCAUUUCCCUGAGUUGUUGUAUCACACAGGAUCAUUGCAUUGGGUUCAGUCAUGACCAACAUCAUGGGAAAGUGUACGGCUCAGUUGUGGGUUUUAUCUCCAACUCCAAAAGGCUUUUCUUUGCUGUAGCUGUUGAGUGAUGGACUGGAUGUUGGUGGCGAUGAACACCAAGGUUUCCUGCAACAAGUCGAGAGCUUGGGGCUGUAUGGGUUUUAUCUGCAUUUUUGUCAAAAUUGAGUUAUUGACAUUAGCCUUAUUCUGUUCAAUGUUCUCUACCUAUAUAUUCCUCUAAAUACCCCCAAUUCAUGUUAAGUUCAAAAGAAUAUAAGAUCAACAAAAAAAAUGGCUGACACCAUUUAAACCAAUGAGGGUUCAGAACUUUAAAGCCGAUCUCACAAUCAUCUAUUUGCAGACAGAACGUUCUAGUCCCAAGCUCUGUGUUCCAUCACUGAUCCAGCAAUGUGUCGCAGGCUACUGUACUGCUCUACAUAGAUAGGAUUUCAAAAUGUCUUAUGGUGCCUACAUUAGGUUGUAAUAAACAUGACUUUGGUUUCAGUGCAUCGUUCUUUGUGACAGCUUUGUAGUGGAGACCGACAAAGUCUCGUUAAUUAUCAUAACAUGCUAUUACAGUUUAUGAUAUUUAUGUCAAGCUCAAAGUCAUGUUUAUUACAACUUUAUGUUGGCAUAAAAGAAGCAAAUUCAAAUAAGAUGUUAAUAGAAGUGUAUUUCUGUUGGAGAUUAGGAAGGGGACAGAGAGUGAUGUAGGACAGAGAGAUACUCAAUCAAAUGAAUCCCUUUUAGCGCUUUCUACAAAACACAGCGAGGGCAGGGGCAGGACCAUCUGUAGGCAGGAGAUGACCACACGCAGAACUACCUAUCAACUUAUUGUACAUCCUGGAUGACGAGAGUUAGGAUCACUGGCAUUUCCCUGGUCUUCUGGUUGGAGGAUCAUACAGGGAAGAUGGGGCAACGUCCUAACCUGGUCUUCUGGUUGGAGGAUCAUACAGGGAAGAUGGGGCAACGUCCUAACCUGGUCUUCUGGUUGGAGGAUCAUACAGGAAAGAUGGGGCAACGUCCUAACCUGGUCUUCUGGUUGGAGGAUCAUACAGGGAAGAUGGGGCAACGUCCUAUCUGGUCUUCUGGUUGGAGGAUCAUACAGGGAAGAUGGGGCAACGUCCUAACCUGGUCUUCUGGUUGGAGGAUCAUACAGGAAAGAUGGGGCAACGGUCCUAACCUGGUCUUCUGGUUGGAGGAUCAAGAUGGGGCAACGUCCUAACCUGGGUCUUAAGACCUUUUCCCAGACAAAAGAGCUGUGCAUUAAGACGUCUUCUGGAGAAGAGAUUUCCUGAACAAUGGCUGUGCGUUAGGACAUACAAUAAGCAGUGACAUAUGAAUGAGUUGGUAUACACAGUGGUGUAAAGUACUUAAGUACUACUUGUGUUUUUCUUUUGGUGGUAUCUGUACUUUACUAUUUAUAUUUUUGACAACUUUUACUCCACUACAUUUCUAAAGAAAAUAAUGUACAUUUUACUCCAUACAUUUUCCCUGACACACAAAUGUACUUGUUACAUUUGGAAAUGCUCAGGCAGGACAGCAAUAUGGGCUAAUCAUGCACCUAUCUUUUUUUUUUUACCUUUUAUUUUAACUGGGAAGAAAUUGAGGCCUAGGUUUCUUUUCCAGAUGUGCCCUGUAAAAUACAAUAUAAAUAUACACAUUAUACACAAUAUAUUACAAUACAAAACGCAGUCAUGUUAAGCACUAUUAAAACAUCACAAAUCAUUCAGAAAAAGUUACAUUCCUCCACAAGUCCCCAAUCAAUACAUUAAAUUGCCUCAAACAGCACCAGAACAUCAAAAUGAAAUGUAUUUAUAUUUUUGGGGGCAAUAUGGUGCAUUUAAGCUAAAAUCAGAUUUACCUAGUUCGGUGGAGACCCUAGGAACGUCGAGUGUUAGGCAACUCGGGUGUCUAUACUUCAAAAGAAAAGUUCGAUAAGACGGAAGUUUAUGAAGCAGGACCUUGUAAACAAAAAGGGAGUGAUGUAGAGACCUACGGGUCUUUAGCGAAGUCCAGACAACCUUUUGAUACAGGAUGCAGUGUUGUGAUGAGUAUCAAAUCUGUCGCCCAUAACAACGAAGGGCAACGUGGUAGAUGGAAUCCAUAGCUUUAAGACUAGUAGCAACUGUAUUUGGAUAAAUAAUCACCAUAAUCAAGAACAGAUAAAAAGGUUGACUGAAUGAUCUGCUUCCUACUGCUGAGAGAAAGGCCCCAUCGCUUUCUGUAGAAAAAAAGACCGCUUAGCUUCUUAACCAGCUCAUCUAUGUUAAUUUAAAACGUCAAAUCCAUAUCAAUCCAAAUGCCUUAUUAUUUAUAUGCCGGAACACGUUCGAUUAGAGAACCAUCUAAUGAGUGAACAUGUAGUUCAUCUGAAACGUUCUUACGAGAGUUUAAAAACAUGUAUUUAGUUUUUGUCCACGUUUUAAAUCAGCUAGGGAUUCCUACAUAGCUAUAAAAUCGGACUAGUUUUGACACAGCCAGAUCAAUAGGGACGGCAGGUAGCCUAGUGGUUAGAGCGUUGGACUAGUAACUGGAAGGUUUCUAGAUCGAAUCCCUGAGCUGACAAGGUAAAAAUCUGUUGUUCUGCCCUUGAACAAGGCAGUUAACCCACUGUUCCUAGGCCGUCAUUGUAAAAAAGAAUUUGUUCUUAACUGACUGGCCUAGUUAAAUUUUAAAAAACUAGUCGGGGCAAUAGUGUACAUAAUAGUAUCAUCCACAUUGAAAUGAAGUUAACAGAUUGACCAAUGGUGUUAAUGUAAAUAGUGAAUAGAACAGGUCCCAAAAUCAGGAUUUGACAGUUUUUCAGAAUUUACCCGGGUUCCCAUUACAAUCCCAAAGAGCAGUUGCAUAAUCCCAUUUAGCCUUGCUGAUUUGUCUUGCACAAUAGUUCCUCAGUUGCUUAAAGCUUGCCGGGCCUGAGCCUGUGUUCCUGGUCUUGACCCAAGCAUCGUCUCUUUUAUAAAUGACUUCUGAUCAUUCUGGAGUGUACCAGGCAUUCCAUCUACCUUUAACUCUUCAUUUUUUUGAAGGGAGCAUGAUUAUCCACAAUAGUAUUGAAGACAUCUGCAAAAAGGCUGAAAGCUAAAUCAUGUUGAUGGAUAGCUUGAUGAGGCUAUGGAGCUAUGGAGACAUCCUCACUCACCAGAAUGGAUAACUUACUCUCAUACGUUCAAUCCCACUGGACUUUUGAUUGUUUCUUGUGGAAUAAGUUGAAUAUAUUUGUGUGGACAUAUAUGCCUUACUGUGUUGUUUUGCUUUGCCACAUGUUGCAGUAUGACAUUAGUGCCGUGUUGCAAACAGGAUGUAAGUUUUGGAAUAUUUUCUUAUUCUGAACAGAUUUCCUUCUUUUCACUCUGUCAUUUAGGUUAGUAUUGUUGCGUACCUACAAUGUUGUUUUCUCCUAUCACAGCCAUUCAACUCUGUAACUGUUUUAAAGUCACCGUUGGCCUCAUGGUGAAAUCCCUGAGUGGUUUCCUUCCUCCCCAGCAGCUGAGUUAGGAACGACGCAUGUAUCUUGUAUGUAAUCCCACUUUGACAUUAUUGUGUGUAGGCCAGUGACAAAAACAUCUCAUUUUAAUCCAUUUUAAAUUCAGGCUGUAACACAACAAAAUGUGGAAAAAGUCACGGGGUGUGAAUACUUUCUGAAGGUCCUGUAUGUUGUCCUGUCUGAAAUAUGCUAGGCUGUAGCAGGAUCUAUGGGUGCCUUUCUCUGAGAAGGAAUGAAUGUCCAACAUCAAUGUCCAAUGUCCAACAACAUGGACACUUGCGCGAUGUAUGGUUGUCUCUACCUUCUUGCCCUUUGUGCUGUUGUCUGUGCCCAAUAAUGUUUGUACCAUGUUUUGUGCUGCUACCAUGUUGUGAUGGUGCCAUGUUGUGUUGCUACCAUGUUGUCAAUUUGUGUUGCUACCAUACUGUGUUAUGUUGUGUUGCUACCAUGCUGUGUUAUGUGUUGCUGCCGUGCUGUUGUCUUAGGUCUCUCUUUAUGUAGUGUUGUCUCUCUUGUCAUGAUGUUUGUUUUGUCCUAUAUUUAGUAUUUUUAAUCACAGCACCCGUCACCGCAGGAAGCCUUUUGUCUUUUGGUAGGCCGUCAUUGUAAAUAAGAAUUUGUUCUUAACUGACUUGCCAAGUUAAAUAAAGGUUAAAUAAAUAAAUCUAGCAAAUGAGAUUCAUA